UUCUCCGGUCGAGUUUCUCUCACAUUCCACUCUCCCCCUGGGUCCUGCGUGCCGACGCCAUAUAGCCCAGCGGGCCCACAGGAGACGAGCAUCAGAGACCGAAGAAAGUCAGCGAGCUGGAACCCAGGCGUCCCGUUUGGAAGUGUCCAAGGAGAUCGCCCCAAGUGCGCCAGCCGAGUCUGGGAGAGUUUCCUUCUGGCCGAGAGGGGGAGCCCCGCGUUCCCAGCCGGCAGCGACCCGGAGUCCCGAGCCUCGAGCCCCAGCCGCCAGCUAGCGCCAGUUUUGGCUUCAGCCGAUUAGGAAGAGGAGGGAGGGGGCCGAGAGCGCGUAGAGGGAGGGGACCGGAGCCGGAGGGUCCCGAGUCCAGCUCGCUGUUGACGUAGAGAAACUUUCCCUCUCGGCCACGGAAACGGCGCCCCGGCUGCGCCGGAGCGGAGAUCUCCAGGCUCCGAGGACGCGGCGGCUCUCCAUGCCCCUGCCCGGAGCCUGACCCGACUGCAUCAGUCGCUAAGUUAUGUGUAAUUUCAUCUGAUAUACACAAGAGAGAAAGUAAUUGAAGGCAAGUUCAGAUGGGAACUGUAUGAUUGAAAGUCAAGUGUCUGCAUAUUCCUUCAACUAUAUUUGAACAUACCUACCCAGGAUAUAAAGUGUGACUGAACUGAACAUCUAUUUGGUUGUUCCUCAUCAUGAACCGUGCUUUUAGCAGGAAGAAAGACAAAACAUGGAUGCAUACGCCAGAGGCUUUAUCAAAACAUUACAUUCCUUAUAAUGCAAAGUUUCUUGGCAGCACAGAAGUGGAGCAGCCCAAAGGAACAGAAGUUGUGAGAGAUGCUGUAAGGAAGCUAAAGUUUGCAAGACAUAUCAAGAAAUCUGAAGGCCAGAAAAUUCCGAAAGUUGAGUUGCAAAUAUCAAUUUAUGGAGUAAAAAUUCUAGAACCCAAAUCAAAGGAAGUUCAACACAAUUGCCAGCUUCACAGAAUAUCAUUUUGUGCAGAUGAUAAAACUGACAAGAGGAUAUUCACUUUCAUAUGCAAAGAUUCUGAGUCAAAUAAACAUUUGUGCUAUGUAUUUGACAGUGAAAAGUGUGCUGAAGAGAUAACUUUAACAAUUGGCCAAGCAUUUGACCUGGCGUACAGGAAAUUUCUAGAAUCUGGAGGAAAAGAUGUUGAAACAAGAAAACAGAUUGCAGUGUUACAGAAAAGAAUUCAAGACUUAGAAACAGAAAAUAUGGAACUUAAAAACAAAGUACAGGAUUUGGAAAACCAGUUGAGAAUAACCCAAGUAUCAACAUCUCCAGCAGGCAAUGUGACACCUAAGUGUCCCUCCACUGACAUCUUUGAUAUGAUUCCAUUUUCUCCAAUUUCACACCAGUCUUCAAUACCUACUCGCAAUGGCACGCAGCCACCUCCAGUCCCUAGUAGAUCUACCGAGAUUAAACGGGACCUGUUUGGAGCAGAACCUUUUGACCCAUUUAACUGUGGAGCAGGGGAUUUCCCUCCAGAUAUUCAAUCAAAAUUAGAUGAGAUGCAGGAGGGGUUCAAAAUGGGACUAACUCUUGAAGGCACAGUAUUUUGUCUCGACCCAUUAGACAGCAGGUGCUGAUGUCAAGAACAAGAGGUCUUGAAUCUGUUAAAUUUGUUUUGUAUACAUAUCUAUUAUUCAUUAUUACUUGUGACAGGUAUUAUACAUGUACCAAUAUAUUUUUGAACCUCAUAACUUUCUGAAAAUUAUUUCAGUAAAAUUUCCUCAUACUUUCACUGUUGUACUGUAGCAUUUUGUUUUAAAAACAACUCACUGUAAAGUAAAUCAUACUUUUAUGUUCCUUUCUGUUUGUUUGUAGAAGAAUUUAUAACUGAAAGACAAAUUAUCCAAAUAUCUGCCUGUGUCUGAGCUCUAAAUAAUUAGCUUCUUCGAAUUUAAGUUCAUUCUCUAGGAUGCUAUUUUAUUACUGAUUUCCCAAAAGCCAUACCUUAAAGAUACCUUUCAGAGUCCUCAAGAGAUACACCAAUGCCAAACUAAAUAUGUUCUAUAUUCAAACCAAUAAACAUGUUACCAUUCAUUAGACAGAUGUCAUUUUAUGUAUGAAAUGUUGUUCAUAUUAUUGGGAAAAUGUAAACUUUGAAUAUAAUACCACCAGAUCCUUUUUAGCAGGUAAAAUAACAAAAACAUAAAUUCCAAUAAUAAUUAAACUAAAUGUAUUUAGAGUACUUAUUAGUAAAAUCAAGGUAAUAAUGUUAGUUAUUAUUAUCAGCUACACUCCAAAUAUUUUAUUUAUUUCAUACAUAAAGAUUGUGGAAAAAAUGAAAAUUUGCUAUUUACAAAACACUUAAAAUAAAAUUUAAUUUCUAAUGAGGUAAGUUACAUUACUAAACAUCAUCUGAUCUGAAGUUUCUGGGAAAAACAUUUGGAAUAUGUGCUGUCUAUAGUUGCAGUAUCUAUUACCCAUAUAUACUUUACCAAAUAUAUUUUUUCCGAACUGAAUAAGACUAUCCGUCUUAUAUUUUCUCCUUUGAUAAAGAUAUUUUCUCACCAAAGUUUAUUUUGUGAUGACCCAUUAGUUUUGAUACUGUUAAAAAUCUAUGGCACCUGUUCUUUAUGAAUUAUCAAUAUUAUUUAGCAAAUUUAAUUUGUAUCUGUUUUGUUAAAGUCAGAAUCUCAUUUUUCACAAACAUGAAAUUGCUGCUCAGUUUAGUCUUUAACAUGAACAAUAACAUUUUCUUGCAGCUGAUUCUUUUUUUUUUUUUAAUCCUAAUCGAAACCACUUUUUAAAAAAAAUUAAUUAAUUGAUUUUAUUUUUGGCUGUGUUGGGGCUUCGUUUCUGUGCGAGGGCUUUCUCUAGUUGUGGCAAGCGGGGGCCACUCUUCAUCGCGGUGCGCGGGCCUCUCACUAUCGCGGCCUCUCUUGUUGCGGAGCACAGGCUCCAGACGCGCAGGCUCAGUAGUUGUGGCUCACGGGCCCAGUUGCUCCGCGGCAUGUGGGAUCUUCCCAGACCAGGGCUCGAACCCGUGUCCCCUGCAUUGGCAGGCAGAUUCUCAACCACUGCGCCACCAGGGAAGCCCGCAGCUGAUUCUUGAUGUGCUGAUGAACUCUGACUUUUAAAAAUGUUUGUUUCUUACACCUUUGCCCAUUAUGUAACAGACUGUAAUUUGUACUGAGUGCAGCAAAAUUUAUGGUCAAAUUUAUAAAUUUGGUUCAUCACAUUAUAAGAAAAAAAAUUAAAUUAAUGAAAAUAUGAGCUUAGAUUGAGGGUAGAUCUCAAAAAUGUUUCUUUUCCUUUAGUCAUGGGAAUUUUCUUCACGUGCUAAAGGUACAUUUUCACUAGGAACAGAAAUCAAAUAGGCUUAUGCAAUAUUAUAUUUGUAUGUAUCCCCAUAAUGUUCUGUGGUGUAUAUAAGCCUUCUUGUGUGCUUUCUGUUAUCUGCUAAGUUGUACCUUAAUUAGAGGGUAGUGUAUGUUUCAUAAAGAAGAGUCUUUAUAAUUUUGUUUGUCAUAUAGUAUUUUGGAAUUUGUAUAAUGAGGAUGUUUAGAAGCCGUAUUAAUGGCUUUUUUUAACAGAUAGAAUUUGUAUUUUUAUUGUACUUUAAAAAGCUUUAUGUAACAGGUAUAUAUUUAGUGGCGAUUUAUUAUCAAUGGUAACACAAUAGAGUACUUUGCACAUUUAAAAUAUGUUACUGUACCAAUUUUUAAUGGUAAUCAAUUCUGCUACUGGCAUGAUUAAAUAGUAUAUAAUUGGUCAUUAAUUAUGAACAUUUAUUUCACCAGUGCAUUUUUAUGACGAUACAGUUGCAAAUUGUAUUUCUAUGUAAACUCAAUGAUAUGUUUGAUUUUGCUGAGAAUAAAUGAUUUUAAAUAAAUUAAAUUGUAUAAUUU